AUGGUCUUGUCAAAGUCAUUUAAGCCGGUUCGGGAGCGUUUCGGGGCUAAUGAUGUUGACAGUAGGAGUUCGUCUCCCGGCCAUGCUUACAAACAACACACACCCCCCCCCCCCCCCCACACCGCGCCCUCCACCUCACAUACUAUGACGCCUUGUCACAAAUGGAACGUUCUUAUAACGGUUUUCAAUUUCGUUUCGCCCCCCGUUUACCGACGUUUUAGCGGCGCGAAGCUAUCGACGUUUAUCGACGACAGCUCCAUCAUGUUCCACGUGCGGCGGCGGCCGGCGGACUCGCAGCCGCGGCGCAGGAAGAAGAAGGCGGGCGGCGGUGCGCGGCCCGGCACCGAACCCCUGCUGGUCGAGGUGGCGCCAGACGGCACCGCCCUGGAGAACGGCCGCAGGACCCGCCUCACCGAUGUGCUCGAGGUGGGUUCCGGCAACGGCACUGGCCUCCAGCUGUACGGGCCGUCGAUCCAGCCGCGGCACUGCGUCAUCGCCGCCGCCGAGGGGGGCGGCUACAACGUAACGCCUCUUCACACGGACGCCCACGUCUACGUCAACGGGCGCAGGAUCAUGCACACGCAGCGUCUGCAGCACGGCUGCCUCCUCAAGGUCGGUCGUGUCUCCACCUUCCGAUUUGUGGACCCCGCGCAGGAGAACCUCAUGAACAGGAACCUCGUUCAGUCCCAAAACUAUGGCUCCGGCUCCAUCUACGACAGAUCGCCGACCUCGCCGGAGAACAGCGGCGCGAUGUCCCCAACCUCGCUCGCGUCCCACCACGCCGAACUCGACUCGAACUCGAACUCGAACGCGAACGCCACCAACGAGACCGAGUACCCGGGCACCGUCAGCCCGGUGUCGCACGACGCGUACGCGUACAGGGACGGCAACGACACGAUGUCGCCGUACAACAACAACACGUUGAAACUCGACAACGAGUCGCUCAUGAUGUCGCAGCACCUGAACGAAUCCAAAGACGACUACAUGAGGGACGAGCCCUCCGGUUCGGCGUACAACGACCAGGAGCAGAGCGCUGGCACGAGCCGUACCGGCUCCCAGUACAAGGACAACUACGAGACCACGUUCGAUCUGGACGGAAAUGUUGAGACGAAGAGCAUAUGCAGCGCGAAGAGCGGUGGUUCGGGACACGACAACAGGGUGUCGCUGAGCGCCCGGCCCGGCCAGGAGGCGAUCCUGCCCGCCGUGCUGGAGUUCCCCGAGGCGGGCCAGGCGCAGUUCCUGGCGGCCGUCAUCACCCGCCUCGACCCGCACGCGCCCGCCUUCAAGCUGGCGCCGGUCUACACGCUGUACCUGUGCGCCAGAUAUCGCGCGUCCACGCACUAUCGGCCGGAGCUGACGCCAACGGAACGCGCGCAUAAACUCACCGCGUUCCUCCACCACGUCGCAACACUCAUACACGCCACCGUACAGGAGCGGUGUACCGAUUCUGCGGCGCAGGCGUUUUGGAUGGCCAACGCCAGCGAGCUCCUGCACUUUCUGAAGUGCGACAGACACAUCUCAUCUUUUUCCACGCAAGCCCAGGAGCUACUGCCGCAGACCGUCCAAAACGCGUUCAGCAACUUGGUGACGUGCUUCCAAGAGGAGCUGGGCCGCGCGCUGGUGACGCUGAACAGCCCCUCUUUACCGGACGCCACGGAGGCCACGGCGCCCACGCUGCAGGCGCUGGCCGCCGCGAUGGUGCUGCUGCGCCGCUGCAGGGUCAACGCCGCCCUCACCAUUCAGCUCUUCUCGCACCUCUUCCACUACAUCAACGCCUACUGCUUCAACAAGCUGGUGCUGGAGCCGGGCACGGUGAGCGCGCGCUGGGGCGCCGCGCUGUCGGGCCGGCUGGCGCUGCUCGCGGCCUGGGCCGAGCGCCAGGGGCUCGAGCUCGCCGCCGACUGCCAUCUCGCCCGCACCCACCAGGCCGCCCGGCUGAUCCAGGGCGAGUACCGCACCGCCGAGGAGGUGCGGGCGGCGCUGUCCGCGUGCGUGAAGCUCAACUCGGUGCAGGUGCGGGCCCUGCUGGCGCCCAUCGCCCCCCCGGAGCUGGUGGAGGCGGCCGUCGCCCACGCGAGGGCGCUGGCCGACGAGCUGUACCGCGCCGACGGACGGGAGAUCCGCGCGGAGGAGAGCCGCUGGCUGGGCGCGGCGCUGCUGAUCCCGGGCGACGGGUUCAGCGCGGAGGUGGUGCGCGGCGUGCCGCCCGGGCUGGCCGAGUUCGUGGCGCCGCUGCAGCGCGGCGCGCUCUGCCGGCUCGUGCACCAGCCGCGCGCGCUGGGCGCCUGGUCCGUCUACCUGGCGGGGCACGCGCCGCACGCGCCGCACCCCCGCGCCGACGCGCGCCCGCUGCUCGUGCGCCUGCACAAGAACUCCUCCGGCAUGGGGCUCAGCAUCGUCGCCGCCAAGGGCGCCGGUCAGAACAAACUGGGCAUCUACAUAAAGUCGGUGGUGCCGGGCGGGGCGGCGGCGGCGGACGGCCGGCUGGCGGCCGGCGACCAGCUGCUCUCCGUCGACGGACACUCGCUCGUCGGCAUCACGCAGGAGAAGGCGGCAGAAUACCUUGUCAGAACCGGUCCAACGGUUACUUUGGAAGUGGCGAAACAGGGAGCAGUACUUCAUGGUUUAGCAACACUUCUCCAUCAGCCUGCGUAUAACCAGAGACAAGGCGGCGUGGGUGGCGUGGGCGGCGUGGGCCCCGCGCAGUGCGAGGAGGUGCAGUACGAGGACCGCGUGCGCCGCAACUCGGGCACGUACACCAACACGCACCCCGCCCUGCUCAAGCCCGCCUCGCCGCUCACCGAGCUCGCCACAGCAGGCACUGACGAUUCCCUAUUCGGCCCGCUUUUUUAUCGGUACGGUCGACGGCCGUUCCAUGACAGAUUCAAUAUCAGGGACGAGUCCACCGAGUCUAGCACGGACGACAGCGAGGAGUGUCACCCGCACUAUCACGGCUCCAUCCCUAGGCUGAUUAUAACACUGGACAGGGAAAACAACCAGUUGCAAGACGACCCCUCACCCGAGACGCCCGGAUGCCCGAUCGAGUUGAGAGGCGCGCCCUCGCCGGUGCGGCCCGUACCAGUGUUCACGUUCACGUGCGAGGAUUACGACGAGAAACAGCGCAAAUGCGAUACGGGACCGCACAAAACACACACACCGCAGAAACCGCCGCCCGUUCCAGAACCGCCAGCGUAUUACGAGCAGUCGAGCGAAAGCGGCGAAGCGAUCUGCAUACCGCCCCAAAUGCGGCCAAUCGACACGAAACUGACGCUGGAGCUGUUCAACGCGCGGGCGAGGGAGGCGGAGGGCUACAGGCGCCGCUGCACCGGCCUGGACGAGUGCGUCAGCGCCUGCGAGUGCUGCCGCACCCCGCAGCCAGAGGCGCCGCGGAUACCCUACAUAGACGAGCCCAAUUCCGAGCCCGUUAUAUUCGAAAACGACUGCGCCGACGAGCGAGUGGCCACGCCGAAAGUUCGACGCAUACUGCCCUCUCUGUCGCUCGACCGUUCCGAGGAGAAGAGAACCGUCGACGCCGAAUGCCAAACCUCCUCCUCGCCCGAACACGAGGGCGCUGCCACGUUUUCAGCGGAGUCCGUUCCGUUGCCGGAGAGGAAAGUCGAACUCAGCUUGAACCUGGACGGAGAGUCUAGAAACAUCGGCGCGAUUCACAGCCGCCUCAAGAGGACGCUGUUCAAGAUGUCCAACUCGUAUUCAAGUAGAUCGGAAGAUACCGAGGGGCCGUCCACUUAUUCCACUUCGGAAUCUUUCGAUGACACUAUGAACCGUAAAUGCGAACGCAUUAAUAAAGUUCUCCCUAAUAUCGUUAAAUGCGACACGAAGCAAAUUCUGGACAGCGUCGAUAGGAAGUCGUGGAAAUCACCGGACGAAUUCAGACCUGCUUUUGGAAAGGUCAAAGCUUUGACGAAGCGCUUUAAUGAUAUAAAUUUAACGUAUAGCGCAAAAAACUACAAGCGAAACUGUCAAUCUAGCCCAAAUCUUUGCAUUCGCGAAGAGGCGAAUACGAAACUAAAAGACUGUUUACCGAUAAGUACAAGUUUAGCGGAUAUGCUAUUUGAUCACGACCAAACGGAGACAAGUGAUACAAGAGAUACAAAAAUGUCAGACGACGAAGUAAAAAGUAUCUUGAUUCAGUUAGAGGACUGGUCUAGGUACGGCUCUAGAGGAAGCGAGGAUACCCUCGCACAGGGGAAUGAGUUUGAACUGCCAAACCUACCCUCAGAGGAUCACACAGAUAACGCCUCCCAUAGUGGUAGUUACAUAUUUAAUGAAAUCAUCGAAAAGAAACCGAGAGUAAUAACACUAGAUAACAUAAAGUUGAAAUCAAACCAAUCAAGCGUCACCUCGGACCUGACGAAACCUAGCCAAGAUUCCCUGGCAAAGAGCGGUAGCUUCGAGAGAGUGACCAGUUCGAAAACACCGAAAGUUGUCGCUAUGACACCUCGUAAAUUCGCAUCUUCGUUGCUGGACGUGUCUAAGGGCAAUUGUCGUGAUCGCAGUCGGGAUUCCUACGAAACGGUAGUGCAAAGCUGUCCAAAUAUUAACAACAGCAGUGCCAACAAUACAACUUGUCCAACUGGAGAUCUGGAUACCCGCUGUCCAGACUUGAAGAGCCAGGCCCACGCUCAACGUGAAACCCCGUGUGGGGCGAUGCGGCGCGCGUCGGAGCGCGACCUGCCGUCGCGGCUGGCCGCGGAGCCGGUGAAGCCGAGCAAGAGCACGCCCGCCCUGCACCACGCCGCCCCCGCCGCCGCGCAGCCGCCGCCCGCCCACGCCCAGGCCCACCCCGCCCCGCACACCGGCACCCUGAGCCCGGCGGGGGCGCAGGCGGGCGCGGCCGCGUGGGCGGGCAAGUCUCGCAGCAGCCACAAUCUGGCGGCGGCCGCGCACCCGGACGCCUUCUACCAGAACCUCUCCAGCGUCAACGCCCCGCACGGCGCCCAGGACAGAUGGUGGAACUAUCGUACCGGCAGUCGCCCUCAAUCUGCCCAUUUCGCUGCUGGUGGCUUGGAAUCGCAACCUGAGUCUUCCCCACAUCAACAGGCUAACACUUCUAGCGCAGCUAAUAUUCGCGCGGCCAAGUUAGCGGAAAUGUCUGAAGAGGUCACAAGGCGGCAACAGCAGCAGCAAAUGCUAUCCCAACAAAAGCAGAUGACCCUGCCCCAUCCGCACACCCAACUCAACCAACAUCCAGGCCAACUGGCCCACCAGAUCGGGCACUCGCAGCAUCCGAGCCCGAUGGGCCACCAGGCGAACCAACUAGCCCACCAGCAAGCCCAGACCCCGAACCAGACAAGCCAGCCGGGCUACCAGUCCAGCCAGCUGGACUUGCAGCUGAACCAACUGCACCAGACGAGCCAGCCCGGCCACCAUAUGAGUGCGCACGGCCAAUACCCGGGCCCGAUGAGCCAGCAAGCGGGGCAGCCUGGCCAGUUGAGCCAGCACCUGAGCCAGAGCCAGCUGCACAUGCAGCACCAGCAGCCGUCGCCGCAGCCGCACCACUACAUGCACGCGCAAAACGUCCAAAGCCCACCGUCCGUAUACCACAAUCAGCACAACCAGCAGCAAAGGUACGAGUGGCACCCACCAGGGCCUCCUUCUCCGCAUCGAUUGCAACCGCCCGUGGCCCCCAAACCGCAGGGCGCGAGACGUUCGGAAACUGAAGAAGAACAGCUUCAACAACAACUACAGCAUUCACAAAACACUGUGCAGCCAGAAGACGAGCGGUACGUGGCGAGCGCGCUGGAGCCGCCCGCCGUGUCCGUGUACCCGGCCGUAGGGGCGGGCGGCGGCGGGGGUGGCGGGGCGGGCGUGGGGGCGGGGGGAGGCCGCCAGCAGCCCCCCCCUCACAACCCCUGGCAGCGCGAGGAGCGCGAGCGGCAGGCGGAGGCGCGCAGGGCGGCAGCGAGGGCGCGCAGAGACGCGACAAUCGCGCAACUGCUAGCGCUCGGCGCCUCGCGGACUCCCGUUCAGAACCAGCAGCUGCGCGCGUUGCAGUUGGAAAGGGACUUCGAGCGGCGCGCCACGCAGCACGAUCAUGAGGAGGGUGGAGGCACGGAGCCGUGCGCCGACGAGGAGUACGAUUCGCGCUCUGGAUCGCGGUCCCGCACGCCCUCGCCUGACCGGGUGCCUCAGCUGCAUCAGCCACAUCAGCAGUAUCAGCAACAUCAACACCAGCAGUAUCAGCCACACCAGCCGCACCAACCCCUUCAGCCGCAACAACAAACACAACCCCCUCAGCCGCAUCAACCGCAUCAACCGCAACAACAUCCACCGCAGCAGAUACAGCAGCCGCCGAAGUCUAUACUAAAGUCGAAUCCCCGCGCAGACAUCACGAACGGCUACGCUACGGACACGGCGGCCGAGGAGAGCUACAUGACGGAGCUGUCGGAUGGCGUGGCGGGAGUGAGCGUGUCGACGGCUGCGCCCCCCGCGCCCCCGGAGCGCGGCUCCUCGUUCGCCGUGAUGGCGGGCCGCCGCGCGCUCUCGCCCGCCGCCUACGACGCCCACGCCCACGCGCAAGCCCACGCCCAGGGACAGGCCCACACCCACGCCCACGCGCAGGCUCACGCGACGCCUGCCCACGCCCACGCGCAGGCUCACGCGACGCCUGCCCACGCCCACGCGCUCGCGCCCCCCGCACAGCCAACGCACCCCGUCGCCCCCCAGUCGCCACUAAGCACGUCGCGGGACAAGCGCGUGUCGUUCCACGAGAGAGCGUCCGCAUCCGCGCCCUCCCCCGCCCCCGCUCCCGCCCCCGUCAAUGCCGCAGCGUCGGCGCCCGCCGGCACCGCCCCUCCCCCCGCGCCACCCACCUCUUCGCCGCCGCCCCUGGACCCGCCGCAAAGGGAAGAUCCAGAUCGGUUCAUCAGCGAGGCGGAGAGCAUGCUGGCGGGGCCGUCGUCGCCCAGCGCCGCGUCGGCCAGCGCCGCGCCCGCGCACACGCCCGGCGUCAUCGGCGCGCAGGAGGUCUACAGGGACCCGCGAGCCCGGCGGCUGGCGGAGCAGCAGGCGCGCGCCCCCGCCGCGCCCGUGCCCGAGCAGCUCUCCUUCAAGGAGAAGAUGAAGAUGUUCGCGCUAGAGGCCGGCGACCGCUCCACGCCCAAGGACAAGGUACCCACUGUGAAGAUAUCACGAGCCCAGCGGGACAUCGAUGCAGUACAU